AUGGUUAUCGAUUAUGCCAACAAGUCGGAGGUUUCACAUUUGUUAAAAAGAGUGGCAAGUGAUGGCCUAGUGACUUUGAGAAAUAAACAUUUCGUAACGUACACUGAAAUGCUGCAUUUGUUAGAAGCCGCUUUAGCAUUUAAAUUAUCUGGAAACGUUGGAAAGGCGGCUAAGCUUUUGGAUCGUGCUACGUCAGUUGCCCUACAAAGUCCUGAUGUAUUAAACCGGUAUGGGGAAUUUAUCGAACAUGUGCACAAUGAUAUUGUCGCGGCAGAUCUAUUGUAUUAUAAAGCAUUAACGUACUGUCCAAAUCAUAAAGGUGCAUUGGAUAAUCGAAAGCGAAGUGCCCCUAUAGUUGAAAAAUUGGAUUUAGAGAUGUUGGCGUUAAUUGACAAAAAACGAAAUCUUUUACAGGAACGGCAAAAAACUAGCGCCGUUUACAGUGCUAUGAAAAGGAAAAUGUAUUAUUUACAGAUUUACCACACCGUUGGACUUGAAGGGAAUACUUUAACACUGGACCAAAUAGUCUCCUUGUUAGAAACCGGACUGGCUGUCCAAGGAAAAAGUUUGAUAGAGCACAAUGAGAUUUUGGGUGUUGAGUUGGCAAUGAACUAUGUCAAAUUAUUGAUUAGGUAUCCCACAAUUAGUACCAAAGAAAUACAGGCAGUACACAGUCGAGUUCUGGGUCAUGUCGAUCCUGUAUCUGCUGGGAAAUUACGACGAGAGCAGGUCUUUGUUGGAAGUCACGUUCCUCCAGAACCAGAAGAUGUACCUUUCCUACUUGAGGGUUACGCAUACUGGUUAAAUUCAGAUGCGGCCCACAGUUUACAUCCAGUUAAGUAUGCAGCGUUGGCACAUUACAAAUUAGUAGACAUUCAUCCAUUCAUGGAUGGUAAUGGUCGCAUAAGUAGGUUAAUUAUGAAUUUGGUGUUGUUGCGAACUGGAUAUCCACCAAUAUUGAUAUUUAAAUAUCAAAGAGACAAGUACUAUCAAAGCUUAAACUUAGCGGAUAGAGGUGAUUCGCAAGGUAGUUUAUCAAAUAAAACCAGUACUGGUGGAUCAACGCCAACAAAAAUUACCACCACAACUUCCACUUCGGUCCCAAUUAAUUCUGCUAACAAAACAGAAUCAAAGCCGGUGGAAUGCAAUCUGUGUCACAGAAAAUUUAAAAAUAUACCUGCGUUAAAUGGCCACAUGAGACUACAUGGUGGAUAUUUUAAAAAGGAUGCCGAAAAUAAGAAAUGUGAGAAGAAGGAUCCAAGUGGACCUCCACUGCAAACAGCAAGUGUAAGUGUACGGGCGCUAAUAGAAGAAAAAAUUAUAAACAAGCGCAGCACCAAUCCGCCUCCGCCAACCAACGGCGAAGACACAACGCGGAGUGGGGCGCCACCGCUUUUCCCUCUAACUGUGCAUUCCUCAAAUAAUUCCAGCGACUUGGAUUCAAAAAUCACCUCAUUUGUCGUACCUGCGCCUCCACAACAACCAACCGAAAAAGGACGAAGACACUCGGAUGCCGACGCGUUUACAAUACCGAAACAGCCCAACACGCAGCAAGAAGCGGAAGCAUUAGCUGACCUCAUUUUGAAAAAGGGAAAGGUUGCGGUAAAAAGAACUACAUCCGAUCCCGGGCAACCUACCCAGCAAGUAAUACAAUUACAAACCGGAGAAUCACUGACUCUCACCGGUGUUACAUAUCAAUCUGAAGAUAGCUCGGGAUAUUUCUCGCAAAGCUUACAAGACGAAGUGUUCACUCAAGUGCAAGACACAAUGUUAUUACAAAGUGUCGACGCACAACACCUUACUUCGAUUCAAUUCCGAACCGAUUCCCUCCUGCAUGAACAAAGUGAGGAUCAACUGCACGACAUUGCCUCUCUAGAAGACUACGCCAGCGUGACCGCAAGUCUUCAGGAGACUGUUCAAUCACCAUCAUACCAAUCUAAUCACUCGGUCAAUCAAGACUUACAGGCGGUGCUCGACUCUCCUUUGCCCGAAAGCUUGGCAGAAUUCAGCACAUUUCAUUCUGCCACAAAUCUGGACAUUCCAUCCCCCGGUUAUCAAACCCAAUCUCCCGCUCAAUACACGGAAUCUCCACAUACGUCCCUUACUGCUCAAUCUCCCCUACAAUCCCCUCUAAUUAGACACGAUUCGCCCGGGUUUGCAUAUCCAACUCCGCCCGCCAGUCACGAAGGCCGAAGUCCUUGCUUUGGACAAAACACGAUACUUCCCAUGGUCUCGCCCAAACAAAACGAUUUCACGCAAGUCGGCGGACGGGAACUAGAUGAACCUCCGCAAGCAUCUUCCCCUUUAUCGGCGGCAUUUUUUACUUCGACAAUGUCUAGUUCGGCAGCCGUGGAAGAGGCUUUAGAAGAAGUCCUGCCUGGAGAAAGCAUAUCAACCGACGAUAUUUACCCGCUCACCAACUCACCAACGCCACAGUCACCACUUUCCGUCGGCCUUACACCUGUCGCUUCGCCAUUAUCCAACAUCCCAGCAUCAUCGGUAUCUUCUCCUCACCCUUCAACCACGUACACUCCGUCCCCUAGCAACGUUACGUUUCCACUAUCGCCACAUUACUCCUUUCAAUCGCAAAUGAUGCCAAACUCGGACGAUCCCCUACUGUCAAGCAGUCCAAAAGACACUAAAAAAAAGUUUGAAUUCAAUGGCCUUCCUUUAAAAGUGAUAAGUAGUAACGGAUUAAUCGACACAAAUUUUACCGGAAUUUUGGUCGAGAGUAAUGGCGAACUAAAACUGGUACAAACAAAUGGUAAUGCGCUACAAACAAAAAAUAUAGUCGUAACUGGUGCUUCAUUACUACACGCACAAAAUUUUUUAAACAAGGAUAUACAAUUAAAAAACGGAGAAAGGAUACCGAAGGUUACACAAACGCACACCAACCUUCCAAUAAAAUUUGCCGGGCAAAGAGAAACGUUUAAACAAGAUGGUACCGAUGUGUUUAUCAGUCCCAACAUUGUACCUGCGAGUCCUAUAAGGCAAUCAAGGAAACGGCCACGUUCGGAACCCUUACAACUUCCCGUGCUUUAUCAAUCCAGAUUACGCGCAACUAGAAGUAGGCCUCACGGAUCAUCGACUUAUACGCCUCCACCAUUACUCAAUCCAACUAGAUCAGGUUCCGGAUUAUAUUGCAGCUUAAAGAAAGAAAACAGAGAGGACGCUUACAACGUGUGGAAUAAUGAGUCAAUUCCCGAGUCAGAUUCAACACCUCAUAUUAAUAUUGGCUCUCAAUUUCAAUGCCAUCCACCGCCUUGCAGAAAAGGGUUAUCUAGAGUAGAUCUGGAACCCAACCGAGAGUAUCUGUUGUGGAACCCGUCUUGUACUCUUUCGGACAACGAAGUUGACAUGUACUUGGAUUUCGCGUGCUGCGCAGCAGUUCCCGGUGGAGGACGAAAUAAGGAGUACGCAAUGCACCUUUUGCACAUGUGUGGAGGGAAUAUUCACGAAGCAAUGCUAAAGUUAAUGCACCCCUAUCCCGCGCUUCCUCAUGAUCAUCCUCUUUUACAUUAUCAGUACAGUGAUAGCGAUCGAUGGUCGUCGGAAGAAAUAGAGGCAUUUCAACACGCUCUUUUUAGAUAUGGAAAGGAUUUCUUUAGUAUAUCGCGCGAUAUUGGCUCAAAAUCGACAAAACAAUGCGUGCAGUUUUAUUAUAUUUGGAAAAAAGUAUGCGCCGAUGAGUACAGGCGGAUGAAAGUUUCUAGAGAAUCUAAACGCUCAUAUUCGAAAGGAUUUGAGUCAGAUUCAGAGGAGAAACCACAUGCGGAUGUUAAAUUAUUAGGCAUUGCCGACGCGGAGUCGCCUAUUCCCUUUCAAGAACAUAAAAAUUUUAUAUGUGAAUUUCCCGAUUGCUCAGCUAGUUUUAAUUCCAAAGCGGCACUUAACGGCCAUAUUAGAAUACAUGGUGGUACUGUUAGAAAUUCACCGACGCCGUCGACAGUGUUAGAAAGACGAACUUCCACAACUCCUACCAUGUGCCACUCAGAUUCUUCCGAAGAUUAUCCGUGCAAGAUAUGCGGGAA